AUGAUGAUAAAAACCAUUGAAGUGAUGGAAGAUGGCGACAGAGAGGGUGAUGGUGAAGGUGACGGUGAUGGAGAUACUCUUAUUAGUUCAGUAUCACGAGAUCUCAGUGAAUAUCGUACUGGUGUUAAAGCCAUAGGUACUAGACUAGAUAACCCAAAAAAUCGUAAGGAGUUGGAUGAUUUGAGAGCUGACCUUAAGGAGAAACUAAGAUCUGCAAACAAGAACUUGAUGCUAAACAGUGAAUCGAGAGGAGAAGACAGUAUAGCUAUCAGGAGACUCUCAGAGCAACUUGAUAACCAAUGCAAGCAGUUUGAAGAGCUAUUAAAACUUGAAAAAGAAAAGUUGAAAAAAUGUGAUGGAGACAACUGGUGUAGACAUCCAACACAUGACACCAGUUCAACUGCUCCCUUAGAACAGGUAAACUAUACAAAGUCAGCUCUUGAAGAUAGAGAAAGACAAGCUCACUUGAUAGAGGAGUUAGAGAGAGACAUAAUUGGUCUCAACGAAAUUGCUACGGAUUUAAAUGUGAUGGUAGGUGGACAAGGAGAACAAAUUGAAGAAAUUGAGCUUCAUGCAGAGAAAGCUGGAAACAGAGUAGAAAAAGGAACUGCACAAACAAACGAUUUGUCUUGA